AUGGCGACGCUCGCGGAGCUCACCGCGUCGCUGACGACGCUCCGCAUCGCGUACGACCCCGCGCUCGUCCCGCCCGGCGGCGCGGAGGUCGUGUCCGCGUGCGUCUCGCCCGUCUCCGGCGAGGGGCGAAUGACCGCGGAGCCCGCGGGGAGAAAGUUCCACGAGAAGGCGAUGCGCGCCGCGGGGCUCCUCUCCGCGGACGACAUCGCCGCGGCCGCGGCCAAGGCGGAAGCCAAGGCGGCCGCGAAGCUCCGAGCAGAGCGGACGCCGUCCACGCCGCUGAGCAACCGCGGCUCCGUCGCGUCGUUCGGAGCGAUCGAGAACGACGACCCGGAGUCGCAGGAGAACGACGCGUCGUACAAAGGUCCGAAGGAGCUCAUCCGCGUCGGGAACAGGGAGUGGCCGGACCUGUACGACGUCAUCGGCCUCGGCCGCGAGCGCUACCUGGCGACCGAGAAGCAGAUCCGCGACGAGUACAAGCGGCGAUCGCUGUGGCUGCAUCCGGACAAGUGCGGCGUCGCCAACGCGAGCGAGGAGGACAAGGAGAAGAUCGAGGCGCGGUUCAAGAACCUGCAGCUCGCGCUCGAGACGCUGACGGACACGAAGCGCCGUCGCGAGUACGACUCCGUGGACGCGCCGCCGACGAAGCUGCCGAGCGAUCUGAGCCCGGAGACGUUUUUCGACGUCGCCGUUCCCGCGUUUAAAUCGCUCGCCAUGUUUUUCGACGGGAAGCAAGACGCGAACAAGUUCAUCGAGGCGGACCCGGACGCGCCGUUCGAGAGGGUGCGAAAGAUGUACGAGUUCUGGGCCAAGUUCAAGUCCUGGAGAGAGUUCCCCGCGAACGACGAGGAGGAUCUCGAGCAGGCGGAGGACCGCUACGCGCGUCGAGAGAUGGAACGCGAAAACAAGGCGAAACGCGAAAAGGAGAAGAAGCUGGACACGAAGAAGAUCAAGACGUUCGUGGAGCGCGCGGAGGCUGCGGACCCGCGCGUGAUCAAGAAGAAGCUCGAGGAGAAGGAGGCGCGCGAGGCGAAGAAGCACGCGAAGGGCGCGGGGAGGCGAGAGGCGGAGGAGGCGGCGAAGAAGGAGGCGGAGGCCGCCGCCGCCGCCGCCGCCAAAGCCGCGGAGGACGACAAGCUCGCCAAGGCGAACGCGAAGAAGGAGCUCGAGAAGCAGAAGAAGGCGCUGCGCAAGGAGAAGGCGCGCCUGCGCGAGAUCGCAUCGACCGCGGAAGGGUGGGUCGGGCACCCUGGGGAGGAGGACGUCGAGGAGCUUUGCGGCGCGCUGAGCUUCGACGCGAUCAAGACGCUGUGCGACGCCGCGGAGGGCGCCGACGCCGGCGUCGUCGUCGAGGGGCUGUGCAAAGCCCUCGCGGGGAUCGAGAGCGCGAAGAGCGACGCGAGGAAGCAGGCUGCGGAGGAGGCUGCGAAACGCGUCGCCGCAGAGAAGGCGUCCUCGGACGGGGGCGGGGCGGCGAAGUCGGAGCCGUGGGAUGACGAGGACGAGCUCAAGCUUCUGGACAAGGCGUGCAACCAGAAGUUUCCGAUGGGGACGAAGGAACGCUGGGAGCGCGUGGGGGAAUAUCUGACCGAGCACGGGCCGCGCGCGCGGACCGCGAAGGAGGUGAUGCUGGGCGUGAAACCUUCCGGCGCGGAUUACGACAACUUCAAGAGCGCGAGGGAUAAGAAGGGCAGCGCCGAGGUGACGGACGCGGCGACGACGCGCGAGCACGCGUUCACGGACGUCGCCGUCAAGAACCUGGAUCAACACGGGUGGAGCGAAGAGCAGCGCGGGUUCCUCGCGCGCGCCAUCGAGGCGGUGCCGAAGAGUGACGCGAUGAAGGACUCGGAGCGAUGGAAGCAGAUCGCGGCGUGCGUCCCGGGGAAGGACGCGAAGCAGUGUUUCGAGCGGUACAAAUCCCUCCGCGAAGAUUUCAAGGCGGCGAAGGCGGGCGCGUGA